UAAAAACACAACGUCACACUGCGGGGCACCGAUCAACAUAAUUCUGCAACAUCCAAACAACUGAACGCAAGACUACAUUUUCUCACAGAAGUCCAUCAUGGCAGAUCUCAGUCCGGCCGAGCAAGAAAAGGUCGACCAGGAGCUCCAGGCCAAACAAUUCGCGGAGCAGGCCGCAUUACCAUACAAAUGGACGCAAACGAUCAAAGACGUCGAUGUCACCGCACAAGUCCCCGCCAACAUGCGAGGAAAAGACUUUGAUGUCAAGAUCACCAAGACCAAAUUACGGGUCGGAUUGAAGGGUCAGGAACCGAUUAUCGACGGCGACCUCCCCCACCCCAUCCACGUUGACGAGUCGACAUGGACCCUCGAAUCGACGAAGGACGGCAAGGAGAUCAGCAUCCACCUAGAUAAGGUCAACAAGAUGGAAUGGUGGGCGCACGUCAUCACCUCUGCGCCGAAGAUCGACACGACCAAGAUCCAGCCGGAGAACAGCAACCUGGGCGACCUCGACGGGGAGACGCGGCAGAUGGUCGAGAAGAUGAUGUUCGAUCAGCGGCAGAAGGAGAUGGGGAAGCCGACGUCGGACGAGAUCAAGAAGACGGAGAUUUUGGAGAAGUUUAAGAAGGAGCAUCCGGAGAUGGAUUUCUCGAAUGCGAAGCUGGGAUGAUUAGAACUGGUCGAACGCGAGAUUGGUUGCAGAACAUGGCCUUAAGCUAGAAGCCAGAGGACAGAGCUCACGGGUCGAGGAUAAGAGGAAAGCAUGCUUCAGAAGAGGUGUUUGUAAGUAUAUAUACAGUAUCAGACAAAUCGAGCAGAGAGACGACCUGUUCCCGAUGGCCCUGGGAUUACACGUUUUACGCCGUCUAAGAGUCUCCCUAUCAUGAUUUUGAGAGCGCUAAAUGGUAUGUCUUGAGCUGCUCGGCCGUCAUCCUCGACGGACUCUUGACAAGGGGAUCUUCACCACUCCCGGUUUUUGGGAACGCAAUCACAUCCCUCACCGA